CCAGAUGUCCCCGGAGCCAAUCAGUCCCCGGAUUUGUCCCCGGCAGGUAGGGGCAGCACUAGGUGGGCGCUGAAGGACUUCCAAGCACCCCCAUAUAAAUGCAUCUGACCGGAUCACACACAAGGCUGUGCAAGUCUGCAUCAAUCCAACCUGGAUCAAUGCAAACUUGCCAAGCAAUGUGACUGAGCUAGGACUUGCUGUGCAGGGAUACAGCCGCAGAAGCCGAUACUCUUCUUCUAGUUCAGGGCACACAGUUUCUCAGAGCGGCGGAGUGAUAUUCUGUGAGGCACAGAACCUGCACAGCUCUCUCACAGAAGAGAGGAGGGAAGGGGGCGGGCGCUGUGCACAGUCUGGCAGCAGCUUGUAUACACAAGAUCUGGAGAGCGAGGAGAGAGGCUCACAUUCCUGUGGACUUCCCCAGUGUACAGAGAUGGAUUGAGAUAACAAGACCGAGUCAUGCAGUCAUUUCGGGAAAGGUGUGGUUUCCACGGCAACCAGCAGAACUACCAACCAUCUUCACAGGAUUCCUCACGCCUGGAAAAUUACAGGCAUCAAAGUCAGCCUGGGCUCAAUUGCGUGCGUCAGAGACAGAUGACCAAAGGCUACUAUGCCCAGACGUCCUACCAAGGCUAUGAGAAUAACUCUGGGGAGAAAUACCCCCGGGGCGACAAGCACAUAAACGUUCAGCAGCUGCAGGGCCGGGUCUCUUUUGCCAGCUUCCCUGAAGCCAAUGUGUACCCUGCACAGUAUUCCGGUGAAGAUGGCCUGCAGAACUGGGGACAGACUCAGGCUCUGACGGGGGCAAAAUACGAGGAAAAUGUGAUAAAAAAGACUCCUGGAGAAGAAAGGACGUACCAGGACCCUUCUGGACAAAUGGCAUUCCGUUCGCACUCUCUACACCAUCCACAACAGCAGCCCAGUCUUAACUAUCCUAAGCUACCCAGGCAAAAGGUCCAAAAUGAUGUCCCAUCUUCCCCUCACCCCUUCUCCCAAUCUCCCCAUUAUAAUCCGAAUUUUCCAACUUCCACCUACUCCUCAGUGCCACCAGGCAGCCCUGUCUCUCACUCCUUCAAGAGUUGCACAGCCCCGUCUAACCCUCCACAUGAGCGUGCCAUGGCUGCUGCUGCUGGCCAAAGGGUGCAAGCCAUGCAUGGUUACCAGGCAUCUAGAAUGGCUUCCUAUGAACAAUCACAGCGACAUCACACACAGGAAUCUUUGCACUACCAGAACAUGGCCAAAUACCAACAUUAUAGCCAACAAGGUCAAGCAUACUGCCAGCCUGAGACCCCCAGUAGGACCCCAGAACAGUAUUACCAACCGUUUAGUCCCAGCGCCAGCCAUUCCCCGGCCAGAUCAGUGGGCAGAUCCCCAUCUUACAGUUCUACGCCAUCUCCUCUCAUGACAAACCUUGAAAACUUCCAGUAUAACCAGCAGCAGCAGCAUAAUCCCAAUACUUUUCCUAUGGGCAUUUCCGAACACAGUCACUACAUGCCUCUUCUUAAUCCCUCGCCCACAGGCACUUCAAGCCCAGAGUCACAAACUAAAAGUCUACAAAAUGACAAAAUCCCAGAGACUUUGCUUUCUGACCUCAGUCUGCAGAGCCUUACAGCUCUUACUUCCCAAGUGGAGAACAUCUCAAGUACUGUCCAACAGUUACUUCUGUCCAAGUCUGGUAUUCCCCAAAAGAAAGGCAUCAAGACUUCUCCCAGGACCCCAGAGUCAAUGAAAACGCAACAUUGUAGCUCUGAAAGCAGUGCAUAUUCUUCUGAACCAAUGGGCACUCCUCUUUCCGAAACAUUGGGAACUCCACAGUCUGUACAUGCCGAAAUGCAAGAUACUGACUACCUUAGUGGCUCUGAAGACCAUCUAGAAAGAAACUACAUGUACUGUGGACCAGGACGAAGUCCUGGGAGGGCCAACAGUACCAAAAUGAAACCUGAGUCUAUCUCCACCUGUUCUGUGACUUCACCUGAUAAUAUGUCUACAAAAUCUGAUGAUUCAUUUCAAAGCAUCCAUACUAGUCUUCCUCUGGAGACGUUUGCUAAAUUAGUGAGUAGCGAAAGGGAGUGUCCCCAUUUACUGGUAAAUGCACUGUCUCAAGAGGAGUUGUCUACAGAGAUCAUUGCUCUUCAAGAUGCUAUUGAUAAUGAGAAAGCGGAAAAGGCCUGGGCUGAUUCCCCAGAACUGAACAGUACACCUAAAUCUCCAUUUAACCUAGAAAAUCACAGAUGUGUAGAAUCUGUCGUUAAGAACACCUGGUCCAAUCAAGGGGCUUCACAAGUAAUUCCAGAUGCUAUGAAGAAAGUUACACCAGAUAAAACACAGAUGAAGAACAGUGAGUUCUGCGAAAUUCCAACAGUGCAAACAAAACUUGUGGACGCCACCGAAAAAUCUGUUAGUCUUACAGAGAAAAACAUUGAGAAUGCAACAUCUAGCUCAAGCUAUGCUAUUUACUCUAACACAUUGGCUAACACAACCCCAAAGAGUUCAGAUCCUUUUGAGUGGCCAGAUAAGAACAUGUCAGAGUCUUGUCUGAGGUGGAAAGAAAUUGAGUUGACUCUCAAUUCAGAUCUCCAGAAGGGCUUGUUUCAAAACAAGGAGAAUAAAGUUGAUAGCCAGCUUGAUGUUCCUGAUGUGGAAACACCUCUGGAAAAUGACUCUGGUGAAGAGUUUAACAAGGAGGGGGCAGAAGAAUUAACCUACACAGAAGAUGGCAAAACUGAUGAGAAGUGGUUGGAGGAUACAAGAGAUUGUUACGCCGAAGAUGAAUUUCAAGACAUCCCUGAUCUCCCAUCCCAAAAAGAAUCCAACUUAGAGCCAGAAGACUAUUCCUCUUUAUGUGACUUUUCAGAAAGAAAGUCUCUUAUAGAUGAUGAAUCCCUCCCAAAGCAGGUGAGGGAUACAGAAGCCUUUUCUUCCAUCAAUACACCAGAAUCCAUAGAAAACCCAAGCACUGAAGAGAAAGAAAAUGUAGUUGAAUGUGCACAACUGUCAGACAGCUCAAUCAUGUUGCUUGGUCCAACUGUUGAGACUGAGUCCAAAGUAAACAGCUGGUUUGAAUCUACAUUGCCACACAUCAAAGCAGUGGAAGACACAAAGGAGAACACUGAAGAGAGCAAAGAGACUGUGAAAGACUGUAGUGUAAGUCAGUCGGAAGUAAUAGAAGCUGAAAAAGAAGUUGUCUCAACCCUGCCAGAGGAAAGCGAAACAGUUGACCAACAAGCAACAAAUGAACAGACAGCCAUCUUGGCUGAAGAACCACCUGUGAAGAAACCUCAACGUGGUCGAAGGUGUAAAGCAGCAGAAGCAAAGGUGGUGGAAAUUUCUGCACAGAUUACAUCGGAAAGUAGCGAUAAAGGCGGGAAUCAAGCUGAGUUAAUGCAAACACAAAAUCUAAAUGCCACAACAGCAAUUCAAGUUGACAAGGCUCCUGUAACACAACCUAAAUCAGCAAGGAUGUGCACUCGUUCCUCCACUGCCAAAGUGGAACCACAAGAAUGUGGCACAGGGGUAAACUUAAAAGCACCACAUCCUGAAAAACUAAGUAAAAGAGGAGCAUUCGGUGAGAAAGAGAAGGUUCCUUAUAAAACUGGAAAAAAGGGUGGAAAAAAUGGUGAGAAGAUAAUGUCCACACCGUCACCCACUGACCAAGAAACAAUAGCCCUACAAAAUAAACAGCCUUCUGUUCUUAGUGCUGGUCCAAAAUCCAAAAAAAUCAGCAUCCUAAAGGAUGAAAAAUCUAUGAUUUUGAGGUCUCGUAACAAGAAGCAGGAGUUAUUUCCAGCCAAAAGAAGAAGAGGGAAGAGAGGAAUGAAUUUUGUGCUUAAGAAACGUACUUCUUUAAAGAAGAUUAUAACAAACAACUGCGUGGCAGCCGACACAUUUCCAAUUAUGCCGAAAAUAAGAAAAAGGAUGAAACUUUCAACCUCCGGCAUUGGAAUAAAUGUAAAAACCUCAGAAAAGCCUUUGCAUUCUCUGAAGAGGAAAUCAACCUUUAUUUCACCAGUCCCAGCCAAAAAGAAAAACUUGAUUAUACGCAGCAAAAAGACAAAGGAACAAAAGUCAGAGAAUCCUCCCAAUUUGUUCAAAAAAAUUAAGCCCGUCAAAAAAGAAAAAGUCAAGUUAAAGCUUGCUACCAAGAAGGCUUGUAAAGUCAUCCUAAACUCUCCUUCCAUAAGAAUGGCUCCUGAAGUUUGCUUAAAAAUGACUUCACGGUCAUCUUAUCUUGGUGCUAUAAAAACAAAGGUUUUGCCACCUAGAAAAGGCAGAGGACUUAAAAUGGAGGCAAUAGUACAAAAGAUUACUUCACCAAAUCAGAAGAAACAAGGUGCUCCUAUAGGAGAGACUGUUCUUAAUGGAGCAGUUAGUAACAAUACCUUAGUCGUUCCUUCUCAAGGCAAGGAGCUAAGAGAUAAUAGCUUAGUAAUAGAUGCUGAAGCCAAGUUGUUGACUCAGGACAUUGCACAAAUUGAAUCCCCAAAGCCAGAAGCCGAAAUGCACACGGUUAGUUGUCGAGGUGGCAAUAGGUCCUUCAAAGGUAAACCUUACCACAAGAAAAAAGGGACUUCAAAUUCUCUCCAUGGAGAAAUUGACACACAACCAGUGGUAAAACUAGAGGGGAGAUGCAGAAGUUCAAAAAAACUGAAUACAGUUCCUAAAACAAAGCUCAGGAGAGGUAGGUCCAAAAGUUCUCAGAGAACUUCCAAAACGGCUGUCAAAACCCUACUAGCAGCUUCUCCUUCUGUGCUUCUGACUUCAAAAGACAAGUCCUUGUCGGAAAACUCUUUGCUAGCCAAUAAAUAUCGACCCAAUGUGUGCAAAAAGUUGGAGGAGGGCUCUGUUAUUACUGAGGCAGCUGAAGAGACCUCGCCACGGGCCAGGAAAAAAACAAAGCAUCCAACUUUUAAUGGCUACAACAAGAGGCAACGCAAGUGUUCUUCUCAAAACAACUCAAAGUCAACCAGUCAACCACCUGGGAGCAAGAGAAGGGGAAAGAGGCAUAACAUACCUCCCGUUACGCCUAAAGAACCAGAAAUCAAGCUGAAGUAUGUAUCGGCUAAACCAGUGAGGGCAGAAAAUCGAGUCCGCCUCUUCACACCGUACAUUCAGGUGGAGCAAAAAAAUACAUUCACCACCAUCUGCACUGUAAUAAAUACUUCAGGGGAAGAGGCUCGAUUACUGAAGGAGAGAAGCGCUGCUCACUCAGCAUCUCAAUCCGUCGCAUUUGCCAGCCAGGGCAGCCUGCCCUUUUCCUCCCGGAUGCAGCUGGGACCUUUAGUGUGCAAAUCAGUCAGCUCUGGCUGCCUCCUCUGCUGCUUGUGCCGUUGCCCAGCCAAUUAUAAAGACUUGGGCGACCUGUGUGGGCCUUACUAUCCUAUGGACUGUUUGCCUAACAAGAAAUCCAGGCUGAAAGAUAAACCGAAACCAGAGGACACAGACAAAUCUUCCAAGGCCGUGGUUUCCCUCUGCACAGUAGGUGACGGGAGGCCGUCUUGUACAGAUGGUGGAGCCACUGACGUAGUCAAACCGAAUGCGCUACGAUCUAGUGCUCGUGGAAUGCUCAGGAAGUUGCCCAGCUGUUACUGUUGCAGCAAAAAGUUGGAGGUGACAGAGACUGAGAAACCCAAGAGACAUCAGUGUGUCAAAGUGCCCGAGGUGCACUCUGCAGAACCAGAAACGCAGGAGCACUGGGUGCAUGAGGCCUGUGCAGUUUGGACCAGCGGCGUUUACCUGGUAGCUGGGAAACUGUAUGGCAUCCAUGAAGCCAUUCAGAUGGCAGCUUCAGUGCUCUGUCCCAAGUGUCAAAAGUCCGGGGCCACCGUGGGCUGCAGCCACAAGGGUUGUGUCCAGUCCUACCACUACACGUGUGCCAUGGAGGCAGGCUGCCUAUUAAGUGAAGAGAACUUUUCGUUAAGAUGUCCUAAACACAAGAGACACCUGGUGUAACCAUCCUCGAAGCUGACGUCACUUUCAUUACACCCACGACCUUUUAUUCACUCCACACAGUCACCGCGUCCAGCAGGAGGGAAGGAGCCAGUCACCGUCAUUGUAUUUGCAGAGAGGCGUCAGGCUCUGCAGCGCCCCUGUGUGGACAGGGCAGGAACCGCAUUGGAGGGACAAGGACAGUAUGGCUUGACAGGUAUAAUGUGACCCCCCAUCAGCCGUCUCGGCUCGUGUAAAGCAGGAAUGGUGUCUGAGCAAAAGGGGAAAUGUUGUUUUCAUCAGCGCCAGUGACCUCAUCACGGGGUAACUUCGUACCAUAGUGACGCUUUUCCUUUUUUCGGGAUUAUUUGCGUGCGGCUGAAAGCUGACUUUUGGACGGAAUCGAAAGGUAUCUUCCACAUAACGUCUGUUCCCAAACUUCUGCCACCUUCCAAAGAUCAUGACGGUAUUCCCAGUGCGGCUUCCUGAGACGAAAGCCAGGCCCCCGGAACUGCCCUUAGGGAACGCCCUUCACUUCCCGGACAAGAUGGCCGCCACAUGGCUACAGCAGCGAACUCUGCAUCACAAGGGGAUUCUUACAAAAGAGAGACAGAUUACUGCCAAACGAAAAGGUUUUUUUUUUCCUGUCUUUUUGGAAUGUUUUAGCCCCCCCCCCCCCCUUCCCCAGCCGCUGUUCAUUAAGUGUACUAAAACGUCAACAUUUGACCAAUCUCACCGUUCUGUAGUUGUUAUCUUCGUGUCUCAACUUUUUCUCGGUUCAGCCAUUCUGACUCUAUUGCAGAGGCCCAUUUCAUCCCGUCGACGCCCUCUGCCAGGUUUAUCCCGGUACUGCAGCGGAAGUGGAUCGCUGGAGGGCGCCACCAAGUGGGGGGAGGGGGGGGGAGUCAGGUUGAGAACCAUCAGCUGACCUAACUUGCCGCAGGCCCCGCCCCCCACCCCCGCCCUACUGUACAUACAGAAAGUGUUUGACAAAAGUACGGACAAUGCCUCAUUUUAUGGUGUGUGUGUGUGUAUAUAUGUGUAUACAUAUGCAUAUAUAAUAUAUGAAGACUGUACAUGUUUAACCCCAUAGCUGCCGGGAGGCCUGCAAAAGCCCAAUGUGUUUUUUUUUGUUUUGUUUUGUUUUUUUGCCAGCUCCUCCGGCAACUGAGGAGUUAAAGCUAGUGUUCUUUUUAGUAAAAAUUGCUUCACACUGAAGAAUGUGUGUACUGAGCUUUCUAAAAGAUGUUUAUUUUCUUUAAAAGAGGCUAUUGGGAAUGUCAAUAAAAUCUACAAUGAACCGUU